UAAUGAAAGAGCAAGUUGUAUCCAUUCCAGACUGUCAAAACUCAAAAGAGAGAGUCACACACAACUACACACAUUCACUCUUUCUCUAUAUCACUCGCUUCUCCCCCGUCCAUUCACUGUUGUCAUCAAAUUCAAGAUUACAACAGCUAUAACUGAGCAACACCGGAUUUCUUUUCUUUCUUUCAAGAUCCAAAAUAUUCCAGAAUUCAAGAUCCAAUCUUCUUGUUUUAGGAAAUGAAGUAGGCAUUAAAUUGAAUUACCAUUUAAUUCAAUUGGAUAUCCGAUGAAGUUGAAGAUGGGGUUCAGGAAACCCGUUUUAUGUUUGCUUUUUAUUACAGUAGUUUCCCCCAUUCUUCUUUACACCGACAAGCUUGGCAUCCUUUUCCCUUCUUUUUCUAGUGAAGAGCUUGAUGGAAGUGAAGAAAUUUCCACCUUUGCUUUCACUGGUCGCACAGGGCAACUUAAUGUGCUUCCUCAGGAAAACGAAAUGUUUGUUAAGGAACCUGUUGGAAUAGUUUAUUCCCACAAAUCUUCCAAACUAAAACCCUCCAUGCAAGAUGGCAAGGUGCUGGAAGUGCAGCCAGUGGAGGUGGAGCACAAAAACCGCAUAUUAUCUACUACUACAACUAGCAGUGGGAGUAAUAGUACUGAAUUAGAAAACCCCAUCAGACAGGUAACAGAUGUGAAUGAGGUGAAAGGAGUUGAUGGCUUGCAGAUGGUGGAAAAUGCGGAUGUCAAUGUCAAUGCCAAGGACAACGAUCCCUCACACCUUGCUUCCAACAAUCUGGAGACAAAACCUAAGAUGCAAUCUGUCGAAAAAGGUGGCAAUGUUGGCACAAGAGAAACUGCCAAUCGAGGUCAUAAAAAUGAGAAGAAUGGUAACCAAGUGGACAGCGUGUCUAAUACUCAAGUUCGGUAUCUGAAAGAUCAACUGAUCAGGGCAAAGGUCUAUCUUUCACUCACAGCAACAAGAAGCAAUGCUCAUUUCAUCAGGGAACUUCGACAAAGGAUAAAAGAAGUUCAAAGGGCAGUUGGUGAUGCAACAAAGGAUUCAGAUCUUCCAAGGAAUGCCCAUGAGAAACUGAGAGCGAUGGAUCAGACAUUGGCCAUGGGCAAACAAAUUCAAGAUGAUUGUGCAGCUUUGGUGAAGAAGCUCCGUGCUAUUCUUCACUCAACAGAAGAGCAGCUCCGUGUUCACAGAAAGCAGACCAUGUUCUUGACUCAGUUAACAGCAAAAACACUCCCCAAGGGUCUUCACUGUCUUCCUUUGCGCCUCUCAACUGAAUUCUAUGCCCUGAAUUAUUCUCAGCAGCAAUUCCCUUACCAAGAGAAAUUGGAUGACCCUCAGCUGUAUCAUUAUGCCUUAUUUUCGGACAAUGUGUUGGCGGCUGCAGUGGUUGUUAAUUCUACUGUAUCACAUGCUAAGGACCCAUCAAGGCAUGUUUUCCACAUUGUUACCGAUAGACUCAAUUAUGCAGCAAUGAGGAUGUGGUUCUUAGUUAAUCCUCCGAGUAAUGCUGCCAUUCAUGUUCAGAAUGUUGAAGAAUUUACAUGGUUGAAUUCAAGUUACAGCCCGGUACUCAAGCAGUUGGGAUCUCCAUCUAUGAUAGACUACUACUUCAAGACACACCGUGCUGCUUCAGAUUCAAAUUUAAAAUUCCGGAACCCAAAAUAUCUGUCUAUUCUCAACCAUCUUCGAUUUUAUCUGCCAGAGAUAUUCCCAAAGCUGAAUAAAGUUCUGUUCUUGGAUGAUGAUAUAGUUGUCCAGAAGGACCUUACCAGGCUUUGGUCCAUUGAUCUGAGGGGGAAUGUGAAUGGUGCUGUUGAGACCUGCGGUGAAACUUUUCAUCGUUUUGACCGAUAUCUUAAUUUCUCUAACCCUCUUAUCUCAAAGAAUUUUGACCCCCAUGCUUGUGGAUGGGCAUAUGGAAUGAACAUUUUUGAUUUGGAAGAGUGGAAGAGACAAAACAUCACUGAGGUGUACCACAAUUGGCAAAAGCUGAAUCAUGAUAGACAAUUGUGGAAGCUCGGAACUUUGCCUCCGGGCCUCAUUACAUUUUGGAAACGUACCUACCCUCUACAUCGAUCAUGGCAUGUGCUUGGUCUAGGCUAUAAUCCUAGUGUCAACACAAGGGACAUUGAGAAGGCCGCGGUUGUUCAUUACAAUGGCAACAUGAAACCGUGGCUUGAGAUUGGGAUGCCUAAGUACCGAGGUUAUUGGUCAAAAUACAUUGAUUAUGACCAAGUAUAUAUGCGGGAGUGCAACAUCAAUCCCUAACUGGCUCUUGCAUCUGUCUUGCGAGCACACAUCUUUAGUUCCUAAGCUACUGUUUUGCUGCUAGUUACCAGAGUUUAUUUUGGAGUAUCAUGUUCUUACACGAUACGUGUGUCAGUGUAGAAUUACUACGUAAUAUAUCUUAAACGCACAACUCCUAUGGUAAAUACAUUCUUUUGUAUAUUUUUGUGACCGGGACUGCCCAUGUAUUUGUAAAUGAUCAAGUAAUUUUUGUUUUUUUUUGUUUUUUUUUUUUUUUGGGCAAUUCUCUUGGUGUUUUUGUACAAUGUAAGAACGAUUUUGUUUGGAAGUAAUUUAUGAAUGUAGUUUCCAUUUCUACGUUGAUA